GACAGUAAUUAUGUCAAGAAGACGUCUAAGCGAUUCUGAAAUAGCCAGAUUUCUAGAAGAAAUCACAGAUGAUGAAGCUCAGGAUUCGGAGCUGGAUGGUGAUUCUGACGCAGAAGAUUUUAUUCCUACACAAGCACUGAAUGAUAGCAGUGAACCUGGCUUGCGAGGUUCAUUACGUCGGCGGUCUACGCGGUCGCGUAACGCAGCUCAACAAAAUUUGGCGGAGUAUUCCGAUGACGAUUUUGAAGAAGAUACUGACGAUCCCGAUUAUUCAAACUCUCCUAAGCCUAGCCGAAAAAUCCACAAUACUUCGUCUGAGGAAGAUUCUGGUGAUGGCGGGGAUUCUGAGGGUGACGGGAACUCUGGAGAUGGUGGUGACGGUAAUGGUAGAGCUGGAGCUGACACUGAUGGUGGAGGUGACGAUAAUCGCACGGCUACGAGUCAAUCUCCGUUCACUUGGACAAAAUCUGGCACGGAUUAUUUAAAAGCCUCAAAAGGAUUGGGAUAG